AUGACCUCAUUACAACCUUGUCCUUACAAGGUCUUGGGUGUCUCCAAGGAUGCGCAGUUGUCCGAGAUUCGAACUGCGUAUCGCAAGCUUGUACUCAAGUGUCAUCCUGACAAGGUCCAAGACCCGGCUUUGAAGGCGGCCAAGCAAGAUGAGUUCCAGAGGGUUCAACAAGCUUAUGAGUUAUUGGGCAGCGAAGAAGAACGCUCCAAAUACGACGAUCAGAUCAAAUUGAUGGAACUCCAGCAGAAGAGACGGAAUGUCGAAGCCAACACAUCGGCCGCUCGUACACCUCCUCGCUACUAUGAAGUCCGCACUGCAGAGCCCCGACCCGACUCCUACAAGACGAAGACAUCUACGCGCGCUCCUAGCACAACCGGCUCCAAAAUGUACUCAAAUUAUCCGCCGUCUCGCUCCUACGAGGACGAAAUUCACAGUUCUGCCCGUUUUGAAGAAGCUGCGCGGAGCGCUCGACGUGCUGCUUCCUACGACGACAAGCCUUCGAAGCGAGACGAUGAGCGAGAGCGUGAUCGCGAGCGUCGACGCAGGAAAGAAGACCAAGAAGAGAAGGAACGGCUUGUGAAACAGGCUGACAAGGCUGCGGAGAAGGAAAAGGCGGCGGAGAAAGAAGCUCGCCGUGCCGAGAGGAAACGACUAGAGAAGCUGCAGGAGAAAGAGCGGAGACGAGAGACGGAGGACAAGCGCAGCAAACACAAGUCGGCCUAUGUGGAACAAUACGACGACGAGGACUACCGCUCACCUGCCAAGGUCGACAGGAAGAAGUCAAGUUCUUCUUCCAAGAAGCACGAUGACAAGGAGAAGCGCGAACGCGAGCGCCUCUCUCCUCACGGAGCUGAGCCGCAACAAAUGGACAAGACCCAGAUUGCAAUGAUGGACGCUGUCCGUUACAUGACUUCCGCGCGACAGAAAGCUCAGCCGCAAUUGAGCCGGUCCCAGACGUACCAAGAGCCCUACCGGUACGCACCUCCAGCUGCGGUCCCGACACCUCCAUCGGCCCAGGAAUCCCAGUUUCAACCUCCUCCUAAUGAUCCAAUCUCGGUGGAGGAGGAUGACGCCCCCCGUCGCUCAGCUGCUAAACCAUCUCCUAGACGCUCAUCUGAAGCCCCCAAAGUCCGAGAGAAGUCCAGUCACAAGAAAUCCUCAUCUGGACCCAAGGAUGCCCCCGCCUCAAGCCCGAUUGCGGUUGAUCUGUCUUCCGCCCGUGUGCCCCCGUCUUUCUUGAACGCUGGUACCACCCCUCCGAUGGUUCCUGAAUCCCCGCCGCGUAAGACGCAGCUCCCUAGGGCCAACACGAUGAGGGAGGCAGAUUACGACCGACCAUCGCCACAACCUACAAUUUCAAGGUCACAGACAUACCACUAUGCCGGCGAUCACGACAUGCGGUCUCCUGCGAGCGCGGAUCCCCGUGGCCGUAGCCGGAAUCGCCUCCAGCCGCAGGUCAGCGAAAGCGACUCUGAUGACGAGGAUGCCGAGCGCCGCUACAGGGAAGCUCGCCGACGCGAACGUCGCCACAAGACGCACUCUCCGGAACCGCUGCCGCAAGACUAUCCCCCGCCACCUCCCCUGACCCGCGCCACGACGGCUCGAUAUGCCGUCAACAACGGGCGGACAGUCCCGAUGCAUGGGGAGCCGGUCUACGCCUACCGCGAUGAAUCCCCUCCCAGGAAAUCAAAGGGAUCUUACUACCCUUCUGCACACGUGCGCGUUGCCGAAGUCCGACCUCAAAUGCCUUCCCGCGAAGGCGCCUACUCCAGCAGUGGCGGAGGCCCCUACUUCGGGAAGGUCAAAACUGCCAAGAGCUACACGCCCGACGACGUGCAAUACAGCAACAUCCCCCAUCACCGAGGCUACCACGAGGAGGCAUAUGCCUGA